UAUUUGUAUAUACCUAUACGUAGUUAUAAGGCGUUUGCGCCGACUGCUUAGCCAGUAAUAAACUAGCUUGCGAACUAGACGGUUGUUUCACUCAUACAUCUCAGUGUCGAACGAGGAUUCUGAAGUACCCGCGCUAAGUGAAAAAGUGACAUGACGUUUUUUGGAAAUUUAACGAAUUUCGAUCACAAAACUGGCGAAUGGCAGAUAUUUCACAGCAAAUUAAAGCAAUUUUUUGUGGUGAAUAAAAUUUUGCAGGAAGGGGACAAGCGCGCCCUUUUAUGCACUCACUUAACGGACGAAACCUACCGCUUGUUACGUAACUUGGCUCAUCCAAAGGAAUUAGAGGAGCUCGAGUUCAAGGAGCUAGUGAAAUUACUCGACGGCCACUUCAAGAAGAAGCAGUGUACGUACGCUGAUAAGGCCAAGUUUUAUGCUGCGACGAGAGUACCAAGCGAGACUUUAGGGGACUGGGCGGCGCGAUUAAGAGGAUUGGCAACUUAUUGCAAUUUUGGCGCGGCUCUGGAAGCGAAUUUAGCAGAUCGUUUCAUCCUAGGCUUGGGCUCGGGGCCCGAGCGUGAUAAAUUAUUUGAAAAAACGGCUACCCUCUCGAUGGCGGAGGCUCUGGAGAUUGCAGAGAAAGCAGCGGUCGCUAGGGAAGCGAAGACGGAGUUGGCGGCAUCUUUCAAAGAAGAGCCCGUAUUUUAUGGGGCUUGUGGGAAUGGGCACGGCCGAGGCGGCUGGAACAAAGGACAUCGCGGCGGUAGCAACAGCGGUGGCGGAACCCGGCCGGCCGGAGGCGACCAGAGGCAGCGAGAUGAUUUCCGAUGUGCUGUUUGUGGAAUGAGAAACCAUGAUGAAGAUAGUUGCCGUUACAAGCGUUAUCGAUGCCAGAAAUGUGGAGUUAUAGGACAUUUAAAAAAAGUAUGUAAAAGCAAGCAUUCGCGCGUGAACUGCAUCGCCACUGAACUGGAGGAAAACGUGACCGUAGGAGCUGAGCAGUGCUGUAGGGAGUGCCAAAACUUUAAUUUAAGGAACUGAAUGGAAGUGGGGAGAGCGGCAGCGGGACGCCGUGCGCGCGGUGCGCCGCGAGCUGGCCUCGGAGCGCGUGCUGGCACACUUCGAGCCCAGCGCGCAGCUGGUUCUCAGCGCGGACGCCGGACCCGGG